AUGGAUAUGUUUACUUUUACCAGAAAACCAAUUUCACUUCCUACAAUCAAUGAAGUUAAAGGAUAUAAGAAAACAGAUGAUCUGAUAAUGUUUUUAUAUGAACAAGACUUAGAACUUAAGGAUAAGCAUUUCACAUUUCUUCAAAAUCAAGAACUUACGGGUCAGUGUUUCCUUAAGUUAAAUAUAGAUACACUAAUGCAAGAUAGUUUAAAACGAGGACCAGCUGAAGAAAUUGCAGAGUUUAUUAAUAAAAUUAAGGGCGAAAAACAGGGAAAAGUGAAUGAACUGUUAAAAGAUUCAUCAUAUCUUCCUAGAAGUAAAGAAGACGAAGAAAUUUGUCUAGAUGAUUAUGAAAUGAUAAAAGAUUAUUAUGUGCCAUAUACAACCUUGGUUCAAGCCAAUUGGUAUACCAAUAAAAAUUCGCAAGAGAAAUUUUGGAGAGAUGUUAAGAACAGAAUGGGCGAUAUCAAGUUCCAUUUUAUGAAAUGUUCUAGGGAUAGCAAGAUGACUGAAUUGGUUAAGAAAUAUUUAGUUAAAAAAAAACAUAUAAAACAAAAAGGUUCAGUUAAAUACCUGUUUGCAUUUGAUGAAGCUUGUACACUAGUUGGUAAGAAGGUUAAAAGUAAGAACAUUGAAAAAAAUUCACUGUUCUAUUAUAUUAGACAUGCUUUAAUUCACUUACCAAAAAAAGCAGGUAUUUUUGCAGUCUUUACAGACACAUAUUCAAAUAUUUCGAACUUUUCACCUGCUUCUUAUCUCGAUCCAUCUAAAAGAGUUGCAGAGGCUGGUUCUCAAUUAUUUGGCUAUUUUAUUUGCUAG